AUGAGAAGGAGAGAAUCAUAAGAAUGUGGAGGCAAAAUCGAAAGGCUAAUACAUGAUGGUUAGCCAGUUGGUCCAUAUCGUAUUUGGGCAGAUGAUGAGGGGCCAGGAAUUGCCAUGACUAGAACAUUGGGAGAUUUGCAAGCUAAGAAGAUAGGCUUGAUUUCAGAACCAGAAGUCCAACAUAUUGAAUUAACAAAAUAGGACAAGUUUAUGGUUAUAGGAUCAGAUGGUGUUUGGGAUGUGAUGAGUAGUGCUGAAGUCUGUGGAUUUGUCUUGAAACAUGAGCCAAAAGAGAGUGUGGCUGAAGCUAUUGUUACUGAAUGCAGAUCCAGAUGGGAUGAAAUGAACAAAUAAAAGAAGACAAACUCAAAGAUUGGUGAUUUGCCAUACUUGAAAUUUGGUUGCGAUGAUAUUACUGCUGUGAUUGCCUAUUUCACAUUUAUUGAUGAAUUGGAAGAUAACUAUUUCCAACAACAGAGAUAUUGAAUCAUAAAUAUAAGAAAAUAAUAUUUUAUGAUUUAUAUUUUGAUAAAA